AUGGAUAUCUCUUUUAAUGACUUGAAAUUCAUUUAAUAAAUAGGUUAGACUUUGAAUUUGGAAGAAAGGUAUAGAUUGAAAUUUCUAUAGAUAGAAUAAAACUAAAAUUGGCAAUUCUAAAGAUUCAAGAACAUUAUACAUUUGAUGAAGUAUUAUUUUGGGGAAGAGUAGAAGGUGUAGAAAAAGACUAUUACAUAGCAAUGGGAAUUUAGUAUAAGGGAUAAUAUGAGUUUCCAUUGAAAAAAUUCUAUUGGAGGUAUUCAAUCAAAAGAAGAAUGAAUUUAGUUCCAAUAAUUAUCACUUUGCUGAGUUACCAAAAUAUAAUGAAGAAUAUGCAUUAAGAGCUGAAAACUUAAGAGAGCCUUUUACAGGUUAACAUGAACAUAUUGUUUUUAAAACAGAAGAAGAGAUUAAUUUUGAGGAUUCUUUGGAAAUCCCUGCGUAACUGCCAGCAAAACACUUUUCAGAAUUAGAAAGACUAUCUUUUGUUGUUUAAUAGAUUGAAUUUUAAUGUGCUUCAAUACCUGUGGGAUCCUACCGUUUGACACCUACUCAUGAAUUAAUUAGAAAAACAUUUAAGGGAGUGAAACCAGAAUUGAAAAAUUAUUAGCAUUUUAGAGCUCCAAUUAGGAAAGAUAAAUAAGAUUUAAUAGGUAGAAUUGAAUUUUAUAUUCAAGCUCGUGAUGAAGCUUUGUAUAAGGAAGAUUUCUUAGAUUCAUUAGUAGAAGAUUCUCCUAAUUAAUAAUGGUCUUUAUAAACAGAUUCAACCUAAAGAAAUGUAAUUCUAUUUAUUAUAAAAAUCAGAUAACACUAAGGAAUUUAAUUUGGCCAGGGUAUGUUACAUAUAACAAUGACUAUACAUUUGGAUAUGCUUAUUUUGGAGAUGGAAUAAAGAAUUCAGAUUUUGAGUUUUUAUUAUGA